AUGAAGUUGAGGAAACAGAUGUUAGAUAAACGGGGUUCCAAUCUGACCAGUGAAGAAAGUGAUGCCCUCCUCUCUGUCAGCUGGUGUAAGGAAUUACCCAUCAAAGCGGCUGAUAAGGGAGGAGUGAUUGUCAUCAUGGAUACGGAUAAAUAUGUUGCAGAGAUUAGGAGUCAGUUGCAGGAUAGGGAAGUGCACAGACCCAUUAGUAUGGAUCCAAAAUUUGAGAUUAUAAGGAAGAUUAAGAUUUUGGUUGAUAAUGCUUAUGCUAAUGAUCUUAUUGAUGGGAAAUUGCAUUCCUUUCUCAUACAUCAACAUCCGGGAACACCAAUACUGUACGCGUUGCCUAAGAUUUUGCUAAACCCGCCUGGACGCCCGAUAGUCGUGGGGACAGACUCUGUGUUUGCUCCCAUGGCUAUCAUUUUGCAUAAACUGUUGAGAACGUCAGCGACGGGGGCCGCGUCUUACCCAUAUUCAUGUUCAGAAUGCGGGAAGUGUUUUAGUCGGAAAUCACAUCUUGUUAAACAUGAGAAAACUCACACAGGGGAGAAGCCAUUUUCAUGUUCAGAAUGCGGGAACUGUUUUAGUCAGAAAUCACAUCUUGUUGUACAUGAGAAAACUCACACAGGGGAGAAGCCAUUUUCAUGUUCAGAAUGCGGGAACUGUUUUAGUCGGAAAUCACAUCUUGUUAAACAUCAGAAAACUCACACAGGAGAGAAGCCAUUUUCAUGUUUGGAAUGUGGGAAGUGUUUUAAGAGUCAAGAUUAUCUUAAGAUACACCUAAGAACUCAUACUGGGGAGCAGCCAUAUUCAUGUUCAGAAUGUGGGAAAUGUUUUAGUUAUAAAACAAUUCUUGUGCAACAUCAGAGAAUUCACACAGGAGAGAAGGGAUUUUCAUGUCCCGAAUGUGAAAAGUGUUUUAGUCAGAAAUCACAUCUUAUUCGACAUCAGAAAACUCACACAGGAGAGAAGCCAUUUUCAUGCACUGAAUGUGGAAAGUGUUUUAGUGAGAAAUCAAGUUUUGUGAGACACCUGAAAAUUCACACAGGAGAGAAGCCUAUUUAA